AUUACAUUACAGAAAACAAACAUGUCUCCCCCUUCUCCAUUUUCAGCUUUUUAUGAAUUUUAGGAAAUGUUUUGAUUUCUGGGAAAGACCAUGGUGCGGUGCUUCGACGGAUUGAAGCAGUGGUUUGCUGCUGCGUUAAGUUGUUUUCAUGCUCGUGGUUUGCCCCCGCAACCUGCAAGAGGUUUACGGAAUCCGGAAGCACUUGCAAGAGAAACAAUAUUUAGUGUUAGUGAAAUUGAAGCUCUCUAUGAGCUCUACAAGAAGAUUAGCAGUUCAAUGAUUGAUGAUGGACUCAUCCAUAAGGAAGAAUUUCAGAUGGCCUUAUACAAGACAGACAACAAAGACAGCAUAUUUGCAGAUAGGGUGUUUGACUUGUUUGACGCAGAGCACCAUGGGAAACUUAAUUUCAGAGCGUUUGUGCGUGCUCUCUCUGUCUUUCAUCCCAAUGCACCAGUUACUGAAAAGACUGACUUUUUAUUCAACUUGUAUGAUCUUAAACAUCAGGGAUAUAUUGAGAAACAUGAGUUAAAACAAAUGGUGGUGGCCACUCUAGCUGAAUCUGGGAUGAAACUUGCAGAUGAUGUGGUUGAUGGCAUCAUUGACAAGACAUUCAAAGAAGUUGAUACUAAGCUUGAUGGGAAGAUUGACUUGGAAGAAUGGAAAGAACUUGUCGUGACGCAUCCAUCUCUUCUGAAAAAUAUGACCCUUCCCUAUCUUAAGGAAAUCACAACCACAUUUCCUAGUUUUAUCUUUCACUCACAGGUUGAAGAUGAUUAAGACAACUCCAUCAUUGAUGUCAGCAGUUUCAUUGGUCUUGACUGAGAAUGUUCUUUAUGUUUAGCAAUUAAGACUUUGUUUAUGUUUUCAUCAAAUAGAACUUUGCCUUCAAUUCCCUUUUUUGGGCAGAUACUAUGGUUUGUAAUAUUAUUGCUGGAUUUGGUUAUUUAUUCGCUUGAUUGGGAUUAAA